UGGAAUCAAAACUUGCUUACAGUUUCCAAUUUUGCGGAUUUGUAUAAUUGAAAUUUAUUUGUUUAGCUUUUGUAAAGUAAAUAGUGCCGUAUUACUUGGGGAAAAUCCAGUGCGAAUUUCUCAGUCGCAGCUGAAGUUUCGCUUUUGAAGAAUCUAAGUGAAGUCGAUCGAGAAACGUCCAACGAAAAAUGAUGCCCCGGCACAUGGUCAACUGGCGCGUGUACGUCUAUGCCAACUCGCUGUAUUCCUUCCCAAAUCGCGAGAAGCCCGACUUUCGCGACUGGUCGCCCCAACAUUUUCGCCGCAAUCCCUUCGAGAUCCAUAGGAUUAUGAACUGGGUGAACCGCGAUGCGUCGGUGCUCGUGAAGUCCGGCAAAACUAAUAUUUUGCUUCUGUACGAGACCAUCUUAAAUCUGCUACCUCGUGUUAGCAUUAAAAGCUUGGAGUUCUGCUCGGCGGUGGCCAAAUAUUUUGGCGGCAAGACCCAGCACUUCACCCAUGAACUGAUUAACUUUGCCCGAUCCCCGUACGAUGAUAUAAUAUCGUACGAGUGUAAUACUCUGUACAGGCCUUUGGCGGAGAUAGGAGCCAAAUCUUCAUCGAUGGCCUGGGAUUCGUCCUCCACACUGCACAACUUCGUGGAGUUCUCCCGCUGCAUUAACUACGAUGACUGCGGUGGCUUCGAGGCGGAUCUAGCGCUGGAGGAUGAGGAUUUCGGGGAGCUAGAUGAUAUGAUGAUAGAGCGCUUCAACAGUCCUUUCUUCGUGGAGAUGGACGGCGAAGUUGUGGCACCCAGAGUGACCCAAAGCACGUUGAUUCAACCAGCUAGCCAGCAGGCUAGUCAGGUGAACCAGCCAACUCAAUCCCAACCAGCGACACAAGGCCAACACCAGCCGGCUCAGCACUCCCAGCAGACUGGACAACGGGCAUCGCAACCAGGACUUCAGAAUGCGGCCACCUCUGCCGGCCUUCAGCUGGAGGAUCUGGAACUCGAGGUGGCCAUCGAGCGCAGCAUGUUUGAAGGAGCCGCCCAAGCAGCCGCCCAAGGAGCCGCACAAGGAACCGCCCAAGGAACCGCCCAAGGAGCAGCCCAGGGAUCCUCCCAGGGAUCGGGGUUCACUCUGGCAAGCGAGUUUGUCCUGCCCAGCGGACGGGUGGUACGCCUUGCCCAUCCCAGCAGCCGUGUGGUGCGCAAUGCCCACGGAUUCGGUUUGGUAAGUGUACCACCACCACAAGCGGCCGCCACCGGCGAUAGCACUACCGCCGCCCAGAAUCCUCAGGCACGCAGCACUGGACUUCGGGCUCGACGUCGCCGCCCGCCACACUCAAGCUAAGAUAAGUCCCUAAUUACAAUGUUCUGUUGCAACACUUUCAACCCAUGUUUAAAACAAUCGAUGCUCUCUCAAGAGCACAA